GGAACGAAUCGAGCCGGGGCCCACUUCGAUCGAAACGAGAUGGCUCCGGGGAAGCGAGGCAAGGCCAAAGGGGCGGCGCCGCCGCCGCCCACCGCGGCGGCGAGUACCGGAGCUGUAGGGUUCCCUGGCUGCCUCCGCCUGAUGCCGCCGUCGACCGUGGCCAUAUCUAUACACGCCAAGCCCGGCUCCAAGGUCGCCACCAUCACAGAGAUUGGGGACGAGGCGGUGGGCGUGCAGAUCGACGCGCCGGCGAGGGAUGGCGAAGCCAACGCCGCGCUUGUCGACUUUAUCAGCUCGGUACUUGGGGUGAAGAAAAGAGAAGUGUCUAUAGGCUCGGGUUCUAAAUCGAGGGAAAAGGUUGUGCUGGUACAAGAUGCGACUCUUGAAGGUGUCUACGAUGCUCUGAAGAAGUCUUGUAAUUGUGCAUGAGCUUGCAAACACAAGUUAGAAAAUGAAGUGAGACGAGGCUGAAUUGUUCGUUCUUGGUUGAUUUUGUGACAAGUGGAUCACGGGGGAUCGAAGGGAAUUGAGGGGGAAAUGAACUAAUUUUCCCCUCAAUCCUCUCCGAUCCUCCCGUGAUCCCUGGUCAUCAAAUCAGCUCUAAGCUGUCAGAAUAAUAAUGCAUAUAUGUCAAUGCGAUGAUGGUAUAGGGAAUGCAGAUGCACCAGACAUUACUGAACCUUGGUUUGUAUGGCUAUCUGCAUUGCACCCGUGGAG